CAUCCAUGGCCACCCCUCAUCUUUCUGGCAUCGCUGCCGAUCUAAGAAAUAAUCAUCCUACAUGGUCUCCGGCCGCUAUCAAGUCAGCAAUCAUGACAACUGCUUAUAUACAGGAUCCCAAUGGAAAUCGCAUCUUGGACGAUUCCACUGGUCGUCCGGCGAGUUUCUUUGUCAUGGGUGCUGGUCAUGUAAAUCCAGACAAAGCUAAUGACCCGGGACUCGUUUAUGACAUGCAACCCAUUGAUUAUGUUCCGUAUCUUUGUAACAUGUACGGCAGCCGCACUACUUCGGCAUUCGUACGGCAAAGGAUUGAUUGUCGUAAUUGGAAGAAGGAGACUGCUGAGCAGUUGAAUUAUCCAUCCAUUGCUGUGAGCUUGCAAGCAGGAGAAACUAAAACCAUUGAGCGUACACUGACUAAUGUUGGAGGUGCAGAGACUUAUGCUGUUAAUGUCAAUGCACCAAAUGGAGUUAAUUUGGUGGCUAAUAGUACUAGUCUUGUGUUUGCAUCUACCGGUGAGAAUCAGGGCUUGAGUCUUGAGUUCACCAACAACGGUUUGGUUAGUCCUGGUGAAUUCUGGGAGGGAUCGUUGAUUUUGAACUCUGCCACGCAUACUGUUUGGAGUCCCAUUUCUGUAACUUACGUUUGAACCAUCAUGCAUAUUAUCAUGAGGCCAUGAGUUCAGCAACUCCGGGGUGAAUAUUGUGAGGGAUCUUUGGCUUUGGAGUCGGUUGCACAUGCUGUUUGGAGUCCCAUCUCUCUAAUUUUAACAUCAAAGAUCUUGAAUGCAAUAAAUUUUUUUUUAA